GCGGAUGAGGAGUUUCCUCAUUCCUAAUAUGCGUAAGCAUAACAUGGAACUGAGCUCGUGCGCGCAGUUCUGCGGAAAGCCCCGCGCGGCUGCUAUUUCUCUUGAACUACAGAUGUUGCGCUCUGCCGUUCAUCAUUGUGAUCUGGAACUGAAUGUUUGAGCUUCAGUUAGUUCGUCUAACAGGUUGGUUGACACACACACACCUGCACGCGCACAGCUGGAAUUGCUGAGAAGCAGACACUUCUUAUCUGAGCUGCUGCGUUUGCAUGUUCCAGUUUGGUGGAAGAGGGCUGGCUCUAAAGGACUUCCUGGUCAGACAGGACAGUUUGUUUCUUAAGUCACGCAGCUGGUCUUGUGCUAUUUGGAGGAACAUCUGCAGUCAAGAGACGCUCGUUUGAUCUGCUCAGACCAGGUCUUCACUGGUCCAGAACCUGACUUGAUCCGAUUGAUUCCCUGCUGUGGCUUGGUUUGAAGAGCAGUUUUUGUGGAGACGCUCUAUCAGGAUGGCAGCGGUGCCGGGGGGCCUGAAGCAGUGCCGGCAGGCCCAGGAGCAGCUAGACAGCGCCAUCAGCAGUGUACUGAGAGCUGAGCAGCAGCUCAGGGAGAAUGCCAGAGAGGUUCGUUCUGAGCUGCAAAACUGCGUGAGCCGCCAGCAAGAGGCUCUGCGGUGCAGGGAGGUGUGGCUACUGGGUCAGAUUGAGCUGCUGGAGCAAGUUAAGUCAGAGACUUUGCAACAUCAGCUGCAGCAGCUGCAUCGGCUCAGAGGGCAGUUCGACGUGAUCUCCCUGCAGCUGGAGAGUAGCUCCAGCAUCGAGCUGAGCAAGCAGCUGAGCACCUGCAUGGAGCGGUUUUCCUCCCUGAGCCUGACUCCAGAAGAAACGCCCGAGAUGAGUUUCCACGCGGACACACGUUCCCUGAGGCAAGCCAUCACCUCAUUCGGCAGCAUCACUGCACAGGUGGAGGAGACUGGGUCACAUCAGAGCGCUGUCCUCCAUGGAGCUCCAGUGCAGCUUUGUCCCCCCCCUACCAGUCAGCAGACAGAGCUGGCGACUUUGAGCAAGUGGCUGCAAGGAGCCACUCCAUCCAGCAGCAGCAGCUCUCUUCCUGGGUACCAGCCGAGCAGCAACCUUCAGGAUUGGUUGCAAACCGGCCAGGACUCAAAGACUUCCUCUCCUGUCCUGGUUCAUGCAGACUUCCUCCACGCCUGGGGUCAGUUGCUGGACCUGGAGGCAUGGCUCCUGCAGGACCAGAACUGGGUCAGUCGGGAAAGAACCACCAGCAGCAGCAGCAGCUCCACUUUCUCCAUCGAGAAAAUUGACGAAUCCGAGUUCAAUGUGCCUGAGGAGGAGGGGGACCUGGACGACUGGCUUGUCACCCCGCCUCUCGCUGCCACAGAUGGGCUGUCAGAUGCAGAGCGGUGGCGUAGCGUCCUCCGCCCCUUCCAAGACAGCUGGGUGUCCAGCGAGUGGCUGGUUGAGGCCAGCCCCUCCACUCCCAACUGCACCUCUUGCUGUCAGAGCAGCAGUGCUGUGGAGAUCGAGAACCUGGGCCAGCUUAAGUGCCUUAAGAGCCCUCCUGCAGUCGGACCUACUCCAGCCAUCUCGGCACCCCCCGUCCCCACAGUAGAGGCGUGGCUACAGCAGGUUGCACCGCUGCAGCAAACCUGCAGGGCCAACGAGCCGUGUUCCUCCUACUCAGAGUGUGUAUGUGAAGAUAACUGUGGGAAGGAGGCACUGAGCCGCUGGCUGCUGAAGCAGGAAGGGCGGGACAAGAACGGCGUCCUGCUAUCAAAGAACAGCUCCGCCCCCCAGCAGCACAAGGAGCACGAACAUAAGGUUCAGGCUAUUUUGGAAGCGUGGCUCCACCCUAGCACCGGCAAAGCUCCGCCUGGCUCGUCUCCAUUCCAGUUCCCUCUGAAUCCAGAGCUCUGGGUUCUUCCUAAGGCCCCGGGCUCCGAAGUUGCUCCUCAUCCAGUGGAAGACCUCGAGGACAAGUGGCUGCUGAGGAAGAGGAGUCAAGCCCAGGAGUGCCUGGUACUGCCCGCUGUUUGUGACUUGUUCUCCUGCAUGAAAAUGGGUGGAGACAAAGAGAAGUGGCUGCAGAAAGCUGCCAUGCAGAUGUGACGAUGACUACGAGGGGGCUGCUUUUCUCCUCUUCGACAGUCGCAUUCGCUGAUAAUCGCACAUAAUUACACCACCGCCUUCUUCCUGACACUUCCAUGCUGAAGCUCUGCUCUUCCAGUCUGAAAAGAUCAAAGUGUGAGGAUCUUCUUCAUCCUAGCUGACCCCACGGUCUACUAAAAAGAACCAGGAGUGGAGUUAAAUCUCUGUGGGUGGAGCUAGGUUUAUUGAGUGGAACAUUGUAGUUUCUUUAUAGCUAUAACUUUAAUUCUUUUAUUGAAAUUAUCCAAAUAUCCCUUUCUGUUUCUUUCUGAUGCUGUCGCUGCUUGCUGUUCAUACCUGACAGGUGUGCAGAUUCUGCUUUUGCAGAACGCCGUCUGACCAGUUCCUGGUUCUUUUGGGAACAAUGCUGUAGCAUGUAGACCUAUGAAGUGGUGUGUUCUCAGCAACAAUAAAACAUUUUGACAGCAUCAGUGUACCUGUGACAUCACUGGGAUUUAAAACUUGAUUUUUUUUUGUGCGGGGUCUCUACAUGUUGUGCCUCCAUGUUUUUCGUGUCCUUGUUCCACAGUCUGUGUUCAUGUGGUUGAAGGAAUAAACGACUGGACGCGUUCAA